UCCACCGCGGGACUCCACAGCCGCCACAAGUCUGCUGUUUUUACUGAAGACUAGCCAGUGCCGCAGCGAAGUGAGUCUGUGGGGUGUGUGGGGAGUGUGUUUGCCUUGCUCACUCAUCGGAUAAGCGCGCGACGUGACUUGUGAUGAUGCCGUGGUGAUUGUGGCAAAUAGUGGAGGCACGCCGCGCUUUAAUCAGUGGUGAGAGGGAUUGCUAGCACGGUGACGAACCAUUUAAAGACGCGCGCAGUGAGUGCAGGACCAAAGAACAUUGUGACGCGAGACCGACCUCCCACCAUGGCGCUGCUCCACAAAGCAGCUGCUUGCCUCAUUCCCCUCCUGCUGUGCCUCCAUCUGCCGGGCAUAGCAUGUGCUGAGGCCCUACAGGAGCCGCCCAGUAAAGAGAGAGUGGGGGGCGAGGUAUGGGUGCCCCUGGAGGCUGAGACACGCACGGUAGGAAGGCUGCAGGAGGCUGAGGACGAGGCAGCAACAAAAGGCGCCUCAAACCUGAAGGGAAAUAUGACUCGAGAAAGAGAGGGAGGGAACCACGACGGCGAGGAUGACGCGAGGACAGGAGAAAAGCCAGGAGCACAAGAGGAGGCUGCCCAGGGAAUCAUGGAGAGUAGUGGCUGGUUCACGGACGCUAUCAACGUGACCACCCGCCCUGUUGUCACCUGGUCACGCCGCGCCGCCGCACGCCGCCAACCGCCUGUCACAACGGAAAAAGAUAACGAGGAGGACGAGGAGGACGAAGAGGAUGACGUACUCCUGACGGUGACGUUUAUGAAGGAGGGUCAUCCACUUAUCCUGGACCUGCACCCCACCAGGGACCUGCUGGCAGCGUCCUACACGGAGCCGAAUGGUGAGGCCACAGGGGAAAACACACUUCCGGGGGAGACGGGGGCGCUGCCGUGCGAGUACCAGGGCGUGGUGAGGGGCGUGGAGCAGGCGUGGGUGGCGCUGUCCGUCUGCGGUGGUCUGAGCGGUGUGGUGGGGGUGACGCUUGAGGGAGGCGAGGAGGUGGAGAUGCUCGUGGAGCCGUCACCGGGAUCCACAUCUCCGCAUCAGCCACACAGGGUAUUCUCUUCCACCCUUCUGAUGCCGUCCGAAGGAACAUGUGGGGUGAAGGAUACCAACUCGAAGGCAGAAGUGGGGGACCACCCGGGGGACGCCCUCACUCACCACCACAGAAUGACCAACGCCUCAGCUUCCCCUCCACGCCGGACGCGCCGCUGGGCCGGGCUGGGCGGAGAGGCUCUGUGGUUCAAGAAGAAGACCAGGUUCGUGGAGCUGGUGCUGGUGGCUGACCACGCCUUCUACACGACUCACGGUGCCCAGACACGCAGCCGCUGCAAGACUCUCGUCAACAUUGUGAACGCGGUGUAUCGCCCCCUGGGUGUGGUGGUGGUGCUGAGUCACCUGGAGGUGUGGGAGGACGGGAAUAAAAUACCAGUCACCGGAGACUACGAGGAGAACCUCAACCAUUUCAAGAGGCACCGCAGGGAGAUGCUGGAGAAGGAACCUCACUAUAAUAACGACAACACCAUGCUGCUCACGACCGUCGACUUCAAGGGAAGGACCGUCGGGUUUGCCGUGGUCUCUGGAAUGUGCAAGACGGAAAACUCGGCAGGCGUGGUGCAGGACAAGCAGGCUCACGUGGGCGUGGUGGCCUACACCCUGGCUCACGAAAUGGGCCACAACUUCGGCAUGGAGCAUGACGGUGCGGAGUGUCGCUGCGACACGCGUGCCUGCAUCAUGAGCGGCACCAGCGGCGGCGCCUUCCAGCCACACGUCUCUUGGAGCUCCUGCAGCCAGCGGAUCAUCGAGAAAAAUGUCGACUCUGAAUCCUACCAGUGCCUGACGAACGUGCCCACGCGCAUGUACCCGCGCUCUAGCUGCGGCGACGGUGUGGUGGACUACGGCGAGCAGUGUGACUGCGGUCCCGCGGAGUUCUGCGACAACCCUUGCUGCGUCGCCGCCACCUGCAGUUUUGCCGUCAACGCCUCCUGCGCCUCAGGACCUUGCUGUGAUACCAAGAAGUGUCAGUUCAAACCUGUGGGCGUGGGAUGCCGCGAGGCCUUCACGGAGUGUGACCUCCCUGAGUUUUGCUCCGGCAGCUCCGAGUCCUGCCCUGAGGACUUCACCAAGAUAGACGGAACACCGUGUAACAGGGGCCAGGGAUACUGCUACGAGGGCCGGUGCGGCAGCCACGAGGCCAUGUGCAGCUUCGUGUGGGGAAAGAACGCCAUGAAGGCGGAGGACGCAUGUUACUCCAACCUCAAUACGAGGGCCGAAACGAACGGCAACUGUGGCUUCAAGGGACACACCAAAACCGAGCUGCUGCCGUGCCAGGGCGGGGACACACUCUGUGGUACUCUGCAGUGCCUGAAGGGGGCAAAUAACGAACCCAUCCUCAAGAUGCCUGCGAAUUACGCCACCUUCUCCUUCUCCCGCUACCAGUGUUCGUACAUCGUGGCCUCCCCAAGGCUGCCCGAAAAGUACUGGCUCGUACCAGACGGCGCUAUGUGUGGCCAAGGCAAGAUGUGCCUGAAGAAGAAAUGCGUGAACAUCUCGGAGCCCUCCGGUGACUGCCGCGGCGGGUGUUCUGGCCACGGGGUGUGUAACUCCCUCAACCACUGCCACUGUGACCCCGGGUACGCGCCCCCUGACUGCUCCGGGAAGGGCGAAGGAGGCUCCAUCGACAGUUGCCGCAUUGGACGUGGCCGAUACAUAGACCCGCUGUGGGAGACACUCUUCGUCCUGUCCCUGCUUGCCCUGGGCGCCGCCACCCUCCUUUGCUGCCUGUGGAGUCAUGUCCGUCGUUGGUGGGAAGCGCGUGGGCGCGCCAGCACUCAGCCCUGCUGCGCCCGCUGCCUCGACGCCUGCUGCUGUCCUCUUAUGUCGCUCAUCACGGACCGCUUGUGCAACAAGAAGAGAAAUGAAAACGUGACCAAGGAGGCGAAGCACGCGUGGGAGCAAGACAAGAUGAUCUGCCAGGUGGACCUCGACCUCAAGGACAAAGCCUCGCACUCACACUCCUGGGGCGUGGCGAACGAAAAGCUGGUGACGGAUGUGGUCACCAUGAAGCCCAACUUCUCACCAGACUUCAGCAGAAAAAUCCAGCUUUCCUCCCGCCACUGUACUCCCCACACCAAGGUGCCGCAGACUGACGACCGCCCCGCCUACACACAGUCCGUCUCGGUGGACUCUGGCUGCGUCUCCGACGUGAAGGAGACUGUCGUGGAAGAGCCUUAUGACUCCCGCGUGUCCAUGAAGAGCUUGGCCAGUCUCUUCAAAAUGUUUAGGACGCGCCAAGACAAAGAGGGCUCGCCGCCCAGGGCGUACGAGCGGCAGCGGUCCGUGCCCUUGAGACGCCUGGUGGUUGACCCGCUGGCGGGAAGCCGUCGCUCCAGACACGGCACCCCUCCCCCGGACAACGCGAGGUUGGAGUGGGGUCGCUCUGUAUCUCAAGACGAACAGUCCGCCAGCACAGGCCGCCCAGGUGGAGCGCCGCCCCCGCCUCCUCCGGCGACUGAAAAACCUUACACGAGCAAAAACAAGUCGCCACACGGGUGCAAGUCAGCUCGCCAGGAAGGCAUCUCCCCACCGCCUCCUCCCCUCAGGCCUGCGCCGACACCAGCGUCCGCGCCCCCUCCCGCACCCUCAUGGCAGCCUAGGAAACCCAUGAUGCCUCCAGGCAAGAAGGAAACACCCAUCACCAUAAAGACACAAUCAAAAACUGAGAUCACCACAAAGAUCAGUGCAACGCAACAAGACAAGGCUCCCCAAACCUCACCUCCAAGGCGCCCUCUUCUGCCGCCGGAUAGGAAACCCGAACCUGCACGCCCCGCCAAACUGCCCAAGGUCCCUGGCGCAUAUUCCAAGCCGCGAGCCGCCGGAAACGCCCUUCCUCCCCGCACGACGGGCGGAAGAGUCAAGGAUUUAGCCAAAAAAUUAGAAAAGCAAUAAUAAUGAGGUCAGUGUUCGCUCCGCGGCCUCGCAAAAUGGGAUGCGCUAGUGUGUAUUUAUCUCACUGUUUCGCCUCACUCUCGCGUCACCUUUACCACGCAUACGUUGCACUGGAUUCCCUGACUUCUGCACAUCAUACCACACGACACCAUCACCGAACCGAGACGCUAAAAAACAUAAAAGAUAAUAAAAAAAAAAGAAAAGAAAAAAACAGCAGUUGACACUGAACAAAAGCAAGUCAAUUAACGAAGGCAACCAAAGAAACACACCAACUAACAAACACUGCCACAAACAAAACAGGUUCUGUACGAGUUGUCAUAUCUCUGUUUUAUUCAUUAAGGUUACAGAGAGCUGUAAAGCUUUCCUAAAACUGUUAGUAGUAGUAGUAGUAGUAGUAGUAGUAGUAGUAGUAGUAGUAGUAGUAGUAGUAGUAGUAGUAGUAGUAGUAGUAGUAAUACCAAAUAAUAUGUACGUUUUUGUUGAUGCAUAUAAUUUUUGUUACACUGAAAAUAAAAUAUUCCGCAUA